AUGAGGGCUGCCGCAGCGCUAUUUGCCGCCCGGGGCAACCCCAAAGAGCCCGUCCCCUUUCAAGAAAUACUCCCUUUAAAACUCAAGGCCCGAGUGUCCGGGAAAGGUGAUAAAUCGUCCGAUGUGUGCUGUAUCUACGAAAUGUCGGUUCUUUUCGCCUGCUUCAAGAACAAUGACUUCAAUCAGGCCCCCUGUAGCAAGGAAAUGGCCGCCUUCCAGAAGUGCUACUUGAACCACCUCGAGAAAACGAAAGUAAAGAAGGAGCGCGAAGCUAAGGGAAUCCUGACUCCAGGCGAAAAGAAGUUGUCUCACCGACAAGUCAAUACCUUGUUAUCAAAGUUCCCAAAUAUAAAGUAAAUUGUAGACAAUUGUUUAUUGAGUUAUUGUAACACAGUUUAGUACAACGUAUUUAGUAGAAAAUGUAUACCAAAAAAAUAAACAACCGUUUUCUAUGAA